AUGCUUCGAUUUCAGUGGAAGCUAAUUGGGAAUUGCAAACUUAUUCCAUUAGGUAGAGGUUUUUUUACAAUUAAGCUUGAUAAUGAGGUCGAUAGACAGUACAUCAAAGAGGGUAAAUGGGAGGUGUUGGAUCAAAUUAUUCAAAUUCGAAAGUGGAUCUCUAAUUUUCGUCCUGAAAGUCAGAAAACUUCAAGAGCCAUGGUAUGGGUGAGGUUUCCAGGAUUAGGUCUUGAAUUCUGGAAUGAGAAGAUUUUGUUUAAGAUUUGCAAAGAAAUAGGUACACCAAUCAAACUAGAUGAAGCUACAGCUAAAUGUGAAGUUGGUUAUUAUGCUAAUGUGUUGGUUGAUAUUUAUUUUGCUAAUUCUAUACCAAAUAAGAUUUGGAUUGGCACUAAACAUGGUGGUUUUUUUCAAAGUAUUUCCAUUCCAGUUUGUCCUAAAUUCUGCUCCACUUGCAAGAUUGUUGGUCACUUCAUCACUGAAUGCAGGGUAGAAAAGAACAAAGCUCCAAAUGCUAAUAAAGGAAAUACCCAGAACAAGGCUGCCUCAACUCCUAAACAACAUUAUGUUCCAAAGAAGAUUAAUUCUCAGCCUCCUUUUGAUAUAUGUGACAGAUUAGAGGUUGAUGGGUUUGAGGAGAGUAGUACAUCUGGAAAAACUGAUGACCUUCCUAAUGUGGAUUCAGUUGUUUCCAAUAUUGUCACUCCUAUCAAUUUACAUUCAGUCAGCAAUUCAGUAAACAUAGUGAAUGGUAGAUUUGAAGUUCUUAAUGACAUGGAACAUAAAGAGGAUGAUGUUAUCAGUGUAGAUGAGGAGAUCUUAACAGAAAUGGAUCCUCAGAAGCUUAUCCAAAUGUCAGAAGUUACUGAACUGGAGAAAAGUGUUAUACAUUUUGUGAAUGUUGAAUCUGGUAAGGUUACUCCUGAGCCAGUACCUUUUACCACUUGGUCUAAGGUAUCUACUUCAUCAGACAAUAAGAAAACAGACAUUGAAGUUGGUAAGUCUAGUCAAACUACAAAAGUUACUUCAACUAAUAAGGCUCAAGCAGCAACUAAGUAG